ACUGUCACCUCCAUCUUUACUCUAUGAAGAUGGCAAUGUCGUCGUCAGCAGACCGGCGUGGAUUUGUUGUUGUCUGAUUUUACUUCUUGUCCCCUGCAAUUCGACUUCACACCGUUUAUGUAACUGAAAGGGGGGCAACUUUAAAAUCCCUCCCCCUGCACCUGCUUGGUCCCCUAUACCAUGAGCUCUGGCUCCGCCCAGGAUGUGGCGGUGGAGAAUUUCCUGCGUGACAUAGAGAGGCGGGGCCAGUGGCUGCACUGUGCUGUUAUUGGCUGUGAGGAGGAGCAUCCCUGUGGUGACAUGAACCUGCUGUACCGCAAAAGUCGACUAGACUGGAGACACAGAGAUCAGGAGGGCAAGAAAAGCUCCAAUUAUAAAGAUGCCUCCUCUGCGACUGUUGGAAAGGUUCGAGAUCUGACGUCAUUUAGGCGUCAUUUCCGAAUGGGGUUUAUGACGAUGCCAGCAUCUCAGGACUUGUCACCCCACUCAUGUACAGCUGCCAUGGCCCCACGUUCCCAGUCCUGCCACGCUGUGGGCACUGGGGAAGGAGAGGAACUGGAAAAUGGCUAUUAUGAGGACUCAGAUCCUCAAAACCAAUCAAAUCCAUCCCGCUGCCCCCCAGCCAAGCCGAAACGCCACCCCAAUACUUGUCUCAGCUCCACACAUCAGCAAGAGCAUCCUUUCCGUGGGGUCCACGCACCACCUGAUACUCCGCCACCUCCACCACCUAAUCACCUAUCCAAACACCAAGAGAAGCGGAAUGCAAUGAAGAAAUCAGAUUCAGGUGAAAUGUCAGGAAGGAAAGUUCCUCCAUUAAAGCCCAAACGGAGUCCAAGCACACAGCUCUCCUUUGACCCCCCACCCCCCCGGGUCCAGAACCCAAACACGCCCCUUCCCUUCCAGAGCUCUGAGUCUUCUCCACAGGGUGAAGGGGGAGAUGAUGAGCCAGUUUACAUUGAGAUGGUGGGCCAGGUGUUUACCAGAGAGACUCACAAUGCUCCCACUCCUCAUCCCCUCACACCCUCUGCCACCACACCCGACUCAGACUCUGACCAGGGAGAAGCCAUCUAUGAAGAGAUGAAGUAUCCACUAACAGACAACGCAGCUCGAGCAGCUCACCGCCGUUUGCCUCUCAAACACGAGCGUAUCAAGUCCUCUAAAGCUUACCACUCUAUUAUUUCAUCUGCCUCUUCCUCCAUCUCCUCCUCACUCCCACGCCCAUCAUCCUCCUCUCCAGCCUGCUCCUCCUCCAAGCCUAAAGCGACUGUCUCCAUCUCUCACUCUUCUCCUCUUCCUUCAUCCUGUUCUUCUGCAUCCUCCACUCCCAUUCCUCAACUCCUCUCCUCCUCACCUCACCCUCCCCGUGCCCCCACACCCUUCUUGUUGCCAGGAGCCAAGCCUGAACACGAGUCCAGCUCCAGUAAGAUUCCAGCACCCUUCCCUAACUUGCUUCAGCACAAGCCCCCUCUUCUGGCAUUUCCCCAGCCAGCUGCUGCCUCCAGUGGGGUUGGGGCUCAGCACAAGUCCAGCUCAGCCAAGAUCAGCAUGCAAUCAGGCUCCAGCCUGCCAGUGUCAACCAGCACCCCCUCCGGCACUUGUUCCAACAGUACUUCCAAAGAGUCCUCUGGAGUCGAGAAGGAAAGGGAAAAGGAGAGGAGGGAAGGACAGCUGGGACCAGCUCCAGGACUCAGAGCCCGCAGUCAUUCCACUCCUCUUCCUCCAUCGUCGAAAUCAUCCUCUCCAUAUUCCAACCACAACCACCACCACCAUCAUCAUCACCCACACCACCGGCCUUCCCACUAUCAUCAUUACCGCAAGCCUGAGAAAGAGACCUUGCCAGCAGGCAAAGGGUCAGGACAUGCUCAGUCCUCCACACAGACUCAAACCCAGUCAAAGUCAGUCAGCUUCCUGCUCAAGUCAGAGAAACCUGAACGAGACAGGGAUAGGGAAAGAGACAGAGAGCGGGACAGAGAGAGGGAUCGUGAUCGAGAACGAGACCUGAGCACACCAUUGUCCAGCCAGUCGGAUACCCUCUCCUCGAACACAUAUACGCACACUUCUCAAACUGGUACUAGCACCACGCCAACCCCGAGUCUACCACAAUCAUCAACAGCAGCCACAGCACCAUGCUCCUCCUCCUCUUCUUCUACCCAGCGUCCCCCAUCUCGUUCUCAUAUGCACCGUUCACACACACCCAACUUGUCUCAUGGCCUUCCUGCUUACAAACCUCCCCCCGCCGACAGCCCCCUGCUCUGGACCUACCCUUCUGCUGGUUUCCGCCGGCCGCCCGCCUACGACAGCCUGCGUGGGGGCUCGCAGUUGCCAUCCUUGCACACAGACCCAACAAAAACUGGAUGUACAACCCAGGCAUUGCAGGCCAAGGCUGGGUUCAUUCCAUGGGAGAAUGCAGCUGGAUUGGAGCUCACCAAUGAACAGGCUUACUGGCCCAUGCACAGAAAAUUAUCAUUCAGUCAUGGGAGCCGAGAUACAGACAAGGAAGAUGGAAGCACGUGGAACGGCAGUACUGACGCUCUCUUGAGGAGAGACAGGGAUGACAUAGCUAUGCGGGGCGGAGGACACUCCGGGAUACCUGUGCGGGCAACAGGGAGACAGAGCGAGAGUUUGGCAGGAGUGGACGGACCCCCAGGGUUGAGAGGACUGAUACGAGCAGGGCUGCCCUUACCCUGCCAAACGUUCCCAGCAUGUCGCAACGGAGAGUUGGGUCGCCUUGGCAGGUCGUCCUCCACAUCUGGAGUGAGGCAUGUCAGGGGUGAUGUUCAAAGACAGAGCAGUCUGCUGGCCAGAGAAGCACUCAACCAGUUCCAUGCACUCUCACAGGUUCAGUCUCAGGCUCCCUGCAGUCCGUCACUGACCCGGCAACAGCAGCACCAGCAGCAGAUUCAGCUUCAGUUCCAGCAGCUGGCUCAGCUUGCCGCACAGGCCCAGGCUUCCAUCAACGCAGGCUCAACCUCCAUAGCCCCAACCCAGCGUGAUGGCAAGCUCCUGGAGGUGAUUGAGAGAAAGCGCUGCCUGUGUAAGGAGAUUAAGGCUCAUCGCAGGCCGGAUAAAAGCUUAUGUAAGCAGGACAGUAUGCCUAUUUUACCCAGCUGGAGGAGAACACCGGAGCCACGCAAGACUGGAACACCACCCUGCCAGAGGCCACAGGCUGUAGUGUGGGACACGGCCAUCUGACCAAGAGAAAGGUUGAAGGAGGUGGGGAAAAAGAAAGACAUAAAAAUUACUGAAAGGAAUACAGUGAAUAAAAAGAUUCUGAGAAGUCGCCUUUGAAUGAAGAGAUUAUACAACGAAUGGAAGGAUGGUGGAGAAGAUAAAGUAAAGGAGAUGGGAAAAAACAAGUAGUGCUGAAUAAUAGCAUGAUUUAGAUUGAAUUUCUCUGUAGAAACUGGAGAGACAUUGUUCACACAGUGUUCAUGUGCCAGAUAGCUGCAGCAGCCUAAACACACACACUUUAAAAACACACACUGGAGAGCCACUUCAGUUUGAGCUCUCUCUGACCUGAUGCGAAUUUAACCUGUGCUGCUGAGUUUACAACCUUUUUGAAACACUGGAAA